UGACCCCGACUGGAGGGAGGUGGUGAUGCCCUACUCCACCGAGCUCAUCUUCUACAUCGAGAUGGACCCGCCAGGGUCCCAGGAGGUUUGCUGUCUGCCCGGAGUCUGUAUUCAGGAUCUUGCAGAGAGACUGCUGGAGAUCAUCCUCAGACCACUACCCUUUCCAAAGAUACCUCCAGGAAUGACACUGGGCAGAUCAGAGGAGAUGGAGGUUCUUGGCAGCAGAAUUAAAAAGCUCAGAACCUGAAUGGUGUUCUCAGUCUCCCCAGUAGAAGGCAAGGGCCCAGGCACAGACCAUCAUGUCAUGGGACUAAACGUGUGGCUUAAGACUGUGGGGUUGACCUGCCCACUUUUGGAAUCUUUGAUAAUGGACAGAAAUCUUUCUGGGAAGAGGACUACUAUCAAGAGAUGGGAUCCAUCUAACCAGGACUGGAAAGAGCAUCUUUGGGCAUUGUUAGGUGAACAUAGUAAAGAGGGCUUUUAAACUAGGUUCCACAGGGAAUGGUGAUCAAAGCCCUGCAGCAACAGAGUAGAAAAUUCAGAGAAAAGGACCAGAAGAAGCAGCUCAACCCUAGGGAAAUUGCCAGAGCUACAGGAUAACAGCAAGUGAUUGAAAAGGGAAACAAAUAGGUCAGAAUGUAAAAUUCGUUUUGGGGGGGGGGUGUAUACAAACACAAGAAGUAUGGAGAACAAACAAUGAGCUGUAAGUCACAGCCUAUGAAAAGAACUAUGAACUGAUUGGUAUUUUAGAGACUUGGUGGAACAGCUCUUAUGUCUGGCAUGUCCUUUCGAAAUGAUAGCCCUCAAUAUUGACAGGGUUGGGAGAAAAGGUGGUAGUGUCACCUUCUGUCAAAAGUGCACACACUUCUUCCCCACUUCAGCAGGGAGAAGAUGGCAGAGCAGAACAUAUAGUGUGAAGAUAAUAGGUGAAAGAUUCAGUACCAAUAUAAUAGUGGGGAUUUAUUAUAGGCCACCAAGUCAGGAAGAAGAGUUAAAUGAGGCCUGCUUCAAGUAGGUAACAAAAUUAUCUAAAAGUUGUGGGAGGGUACUGAUGAAAGACUUCAAUUUUCCAAGCAUCUGCUGAAGAGCAGCACAGCCAAACAUGAAAUGUUAAGCCAGUUCUGAACUUGUGUGGAAGACAGCUUUUCUGUCUGGCUUUUCUGUCAGCUUUUCCAGAAGGCUGAGGAUGCAACUGGGGGAUUAUCUCUCCUGGAACUUGUUCUGACCAAUAGGAAAAAAUUGGUAGAGGAUGUGAAGGUGAUGGGGAAACUCGAGGCAGCGAUCUUGUUAUGAGUGAAUUAAUGAUCCUGAGAGAGUUCUGACCUCAGACCAGAGUCUAGAUUUUGCAAAGGCAGAUUUCAUUUUACUGGGCGAUGAUGGGCAUGGUGCCCUGGGAAGACAGCUUGAAGGAUAAAGGUGCCUAGGAGGGCUGGAGGCUUUUAAAAGACACAGUGUUGGAAGCCCAGCAAGAAACUGUGUUCCAACACAGUGGAAAUAUAAGAGUGGCAGGAGACCAGUGUGGCUGCACUAGGAGCUUCUAGGAUGCCUCAAAUGCAACUGGACAGCAUUCAGGCAAUGGAAAGAUGUCCAGGUCAUCAAGGAAGCUUACCAGGAAACAGCAAGAACUUGCAGGGACAAGACUAGGAAGGCAAGGGUGAAAAAUGAGCUGCAUCUGGCAAGGGAGGUUAAGGACAAUAUGAAAAGGUUCUGCAAAUACUUUAUUCAGAAAAGAAAGAACAACAAAGCUGUGGGUCUGUUGUUAAAUAGCCAGAGUGAGCUCUUAGCAGAAGAUGCAAAGAAACUAGAGCUAAUCAGCAGCCACUUUUCCUCCUUCACAAAGAAGUUCAAGCUACAAAAGUUAAGGAUUAUUUGGAUAAGGAAAGGUACAAGGUGAGGGAAGAGAUUACAAAAGAAGAGAGCUUUUGAAGGGACUGAGUGAAUUGAAGUCAGCAGGGCCUGAUGAGCUGUGCCCCAGGGUACUAAAGGAACUGGCAGAGGAGAUCUCAGAGCCCUUGACAGUGACAUCUGUGAAGUUGUGGGAGAUGGGUGAGAUACCAGAAGACUGGGGAAAGCCCAGUGUAGUUCCCCUCUUAAAACCUGGGUUACCCUUGCAUCAAUACCGAAGAACUUAACUGGAGCAUAUUGUAAGGAAGUCUGUUUACAAGUAUCUGGAGGAGAAAUGGCGAUCACCAGCAUGGAUUUAGUAAGAUAUUGUGCCAAACGCACUUGAUCUCCUUUUAACAAAGUCACUACUUGGUGGAGGAAGGAAAUGCAGUGCACACAGUGUAUUUGGACUUAGCAAGUCUUUUGACAAAGUCCCAUAUGAUCUUCUCAUAAGCAAUUUAGAGAAAUGUGGCGUAGAUGAAACUAAGAUGAAUAGACAACUGGUUCAGUAGUCACAAGCAAAUAGAUCCAGGAGCCUUCAAGUGGCAUCUCACAGGGGUCUGUCCUGGGCCCAGUGCUGUUCAACAUACUUAUCAGUCAUUUGGACAAUGCAGAACUAAGAAGGAUCACCAACACAUUGGAGGACAGGAGCACAAUUCAGAAGGAUCUCUUCAGAUUGGAAAGCUGGGCUGGAGCUAACAGGCUGAAGUUGCAGCAAAGUCAUUUUACAUUGGAUGUGAGGAAAAACUUCUCACUUAGAAAAGUGAGGCAGUGGAACUGAUUGCUUAGGGAAGUUGUGGGAUCUCUCCAUUGUUGGGGUCUUCAAGAAGAGAUUGGAUAAGCAUUAAUCAGGGAUGAUCUAGGAAUAGCUCUUCCUCCAAAACCUCCAAAACCAAUGACUCCAGUCAACACAAAUGGGAUAAAGGACAAUUCCAGUUUCUCUUUGCAGGAUGCUGAAUGGUACUGGGGGGACAUCUCAAGAGAAGAAGUAAAUGACAAAUUACGAGACAUGCCAGAUGGAACAUUCUUGGUGCGAGAUGCAUCGACCAAGAUGCAGGGAGACUACACUCUGACAUUGCGGAAGGGUGGCAACAACAAAUUGAUCAAGAUUUAUCAUCGGGAUGGAAAAUAUGGUUUUUCUGAUCCACUAACAUUUAAUUCUGUCGUGGAGCUGAUAAACCACUACCGCCAUGAGUCUCUUGCUCAGUACAAUCCAAAGCUUGAUGUGAAGUUGAUGUAUCCGGUAUCCCGGUACCAACAGGAUCAGUUGGUAAAAGAAGAUAAUAUAGAUGCGGUUGGUAAAAAGCUUCAAGAAUACCACUCCCAGUAUCAGGAGAAGAGUAAAGAAUAUGACAGACUCUAUGAAGAAUACACCAGAACAUCACAGGAAAUUCAGAUGAAGAGGACUGCAAUUGAAGCAUUUAAUGAAACCAUUAAAAUAUUUGAGGAACAGUGUCACACACAAGAGCGAUAUAGCAAAGAAUAUAUUGAACGAUUUCGGAGAGAGGGGAAUGAGAAAGAAAUAGAACGAAUCAUGAUGAAUUAUGAGAAAUUAAAAUCACGCCUGGGUGAGAUCCACGAUAGUAAAAUGCGUUUGGAGCAGGAUUUGAAGAAACAAGCUCUGGACAACAGGGAAAUUGAUAAGAAAAUGAACAGUAUCAAACCUGAUCUCAUCCAGCUGCGCAAGAUCAGAGAUCAGUACCUUGUAUGGCUCAAUCACAAAGGAGUGAGGCAGAAGCGAAUAAAUGACUGGCUGGGAAUCAAGAAUGAAAAUAUUGAUGAUACAUACUUCGUGAAUGAAGAAGAUGAAAAUCUGCCACACUACGAUGAGAAAACUUGGUUUGUUGGGGAUCUCAACCGUAUCCAGGCAGAAGACUUGCUCUGUGGGAAACCUGACGGAUCGUUUUUAAUUCGAGAAAGUAGCAAGAAAGGAUGUUACGCUUGUUCUGUGGUAGCUGAUGGAGAAGUUAAACACUGUGUGAUCUACAGCACUCCAAGGGGUUAUGGGUUUGCAGAACCAUAUAACCUGUACAGCACACUUAAGGAAUUAGUCCUUCAUUACCAGCAGACAUCCCUCGUCCAACACAAUGAUUCCUUAAAUGUCAGGCUUGCCUAUCCUGUCUACGCACAGAUGCCCUCCUCCCUUUGCAGAUAAAUUCUGGGGAGGAGAAAAGUGUUGGCUAUCUUGGAUUUUUUUCUACAGUUUUUAUUAGAACUUGGAGGGCAUUCUUUCUCCUUAGACUGCUUGUUUUGCACAAGAAGUGAUUCUGUGAAUGUGAAUCAAAGAGGCCUAGCAGCGACAAGACGACAACUUGGGUGUAGGUGUCCUGGUGCUACCUAAAGCUCAGCUGUGCUUUUACACUGAUCCUUUUUGUUUCCUUUGUGGGAGGGGAAUAAACUCAACACGUACAAAAAAGAAACUGGAAGCAAAACAUCAUUUUAUGGAGAGGAUUUUUUUGCCAGGCACCUUCAGCAGAACUUUUAAUCGGAAUUUUGUUUUCUCGUUCUUGUAGAGAUAAUGUGGGCGCCUCUGUAGAGGCAUCAGUACAGUCUUUCAGUCUUAAACUCCAAGGAACUAGGGGGAAACUACCACAGCAAUGUUCUCUGCUACAUGAACAGCUUCACUGCGAUUCAGCCGAACUUCCAAAAGAGGGCUUGUCUUGAGGUAGCAUGGAAUUUGGUGAGAGAAGACCAAAGGAAUUAUGGAAAGCUUCAGGUUUUUAUUUAAAUGGGGGGGAAAAUCCUUAUAAAGAAAAGUUGCUUUAUUUUUUACCAACAGUAACAAAGUUUUGGUUUCAAUGGCACUACAGGUCUUCGCUUAAAGGAAACAUUUAUAACCAAAUUGAACCCACCAAAACUAUUUGUUGCUGUAUUGCGCACUUCUGGGGAAAGGUUGCAUUAGCAUCCGCACAUACUUUUUACACCAAAACUUGAAACAAAUAAAAGGAAAAGCUAAAACUUCUUGCGUGGUUUUGAAAACACUAAUCUGUCUAAUUUGAUGUAAUGGCUCCCCCUUCCCUUCCCUCUCCUCACGUCCCCCUUGGCACUCUCUUCUUCCCAAUUUUUAAGAUAAUAUGCUUCAGAAUGUAAACCAGAAUGAAGCUGGCACUCUUAUUUUGAGUUGUGUUGCUGAGCAUUUAACUACUCUGUUUGAAACCCUUGUAAAUUUUAAAUGUAAGUGUAAAGAAAAGGUGCAAUGCAAUGCUUCUGGAUGGCUUGUUAUACCAAAUAAUUACCUGAGUGAUAGUCCUACGACUUGCUCCUGUUCAUAACUAGAGUUCCCAUUUGAAUUGGUAGUCAUAAACCAGAUUCUGGUCUGUCAUUCCACUGAAGUCAAGGUUACGCAAGAUGUUACAGAUGCUGAACUUAGUUCCUCUUCUUGUAGCCAUAAUUAAUGUUGCCCAGCUGACAAAACACUAACCUCAACACCAACUCAUGCAGUGGUGCCAGUUCUGGAAAUUGAUCUACUGCUAACAGACUUCUAGGCACUUGCCAGCACUGGUUUACCUGUAGCAGUAUGGGAUUAAGUGGCCACGUUUCUUGUCAGGUGUAGCAAUUCCUAAUGAGUUAAAUCCAAGGAACAGUUUCACUUGAAAAGAAAAUAAAUUGUUUCCUUAGCUAUUGAUUGUUUGUUCCUCCUAGGUCUCUAAAUUAGAAAAAAAUAAGUAAAGUGUGGCAGAAAUGGCUUUGUUUGGCAUCAAGGCAGAGCUGGCAAAGUAGUUACUCAGUGUGUAGCAACAGAAUUUAAUCUUGCUUCCUUCCAUGAUAGUGGUACCUUCUGAAGUGUGCCCAUUCUACAGGAAGGGAGACAGUCUAAUCAUUCAAACACUAGGCUGCAAGUUGGGACUCCCUGGUCUGUUCUUAUCUUGUUACUGGCUUCCCGUUUGAGCCCAGACUUCGUAUAAGCCCUGGGGAAUAAUGCCAAGCCUGUGGAGGCUUAAUUAAUGUUUACAUUGUGAAAUUACCAGUCGAAGGCACUAUAAGUUAGUAUUAUUAAGCAGAAAAUUAAUAAUUCCUGAGCAGGGAAGUGACAAGUCUUGAGCACUGAAACACUAGCGGGAAGGGCAAUCUAGGUUGCUUGGUGAGUCCAAGAAACACUUUAUUUUGCACUAUUUAUGUCCCUGGGUACAUCCAGGUGCUGGUUAACCAGCUAGAAUGUGAUCUUCAAAUGAAGAAUUGUCCAGCUGAAAAAGCCCCACAGACUGAAGCAUACAGAAGCUGUGUGAGAAGAGUGAGACAAAGGCAAGACCUGAGUUUCCUUCCUAUUUGGCAUCCAUGUGGCUGCUGAACAAGUGUCUGCUGCGUUCAGUGGAAAGCCAGAAUCACAUCUCCAAUUGUAGUAUCAGGAACAGAAAUUCUUCUCUAAGAAGAAACUGCAUCUCUUGAGUAAUUUGUAUGUUCUACUCUGGCAACUCAUCUCUACAUCCAACAUGCCUUCCUAUGUUGACUCCAAUCCCAGUUCAUGACGGGGAAGGCUUGUCAGAUAUAUACAUUGUAGUUGGGUGUCUAACUCCAAAUGAAAAAUCAGUGGCUGUUGGGCGCUUAAUGGCUAUCUUUGCCUUAGAAAAAAUCUACCUCUGUGUCAGAGUUCUUCUCUUGCUUACAAUGGUGACUCCAUUGAAGUCCAUGGGAAGUUAGUCCCUGAUUUUUCACUUGCAAGAGAAAGGAGUUAGGCUGAAAGGGCAACCUGACUGUUAAAUAUCUUGCUGUAGGAACUGUGAGCACUGUAGCGGUUAUAUUGUUUUAACCUGAGAGAGGUCGUUUUUUAAACCACACCAUGAUUUGCAGUCCCAUAGCACCAAUGGUAGCUGUACAGGGGGGAAACGGAGCUGUGUCAGAAGCAUCCCUAGUUGACCUUCAGUUUUGUGAGGUUUUGGACUGGAUCUUGUGUUCGGUUAUGCCAGCAUAAAUACAGAGGAAUUCCAUUGGCUUCUAUGUUACUUUGGCUUUACAGUGGUGUGGCUGAAUUCAGAACCUGUCCCCCUUCUAUUUCGGACCACUUCCCUAAUCCCAGGUGCUGCAUUGCUGUGAGCAAUACAUAAUAGAAAGCUAAAAGCCAUCAAGAAGCAUUUCCUUUUACUUUCCCCUAACUUUCAGAUUAGAACCACGUUCAAAUUAUACCUAGAAGUUCCUUGCUUGCCCUUUCCAUCCCUGAGAGCUCCUGUUUUGCCAGUAUGUCUUUAUGCACUUGAUUUAGGCACAUAAGACACAGCUGCUAGUGUGUUGACCCACUUAUGUACUCACAUGCCAUUGCACACCUACUAUUGCAUCAAUUUUUGCACUUGUGGCCAGAGAAAAAUGGGUCUCGAAGCCAACCGAAAUAUGUAGUGGGUAUAAUCCAUUCCGGGGCUUGUCCCCAUUGCCACUCAUUUUGGUUGGCCUGAUUCUUUAAUUCAGAGUGGGUUUUAUGCCAACAAAUUGCCACUGCUCCCAGUCACCAUUUUUAAUUCCAGGACCUAGAAAACUGAAUUGGGCCUGUCAGGUGCAAGAUUAGGCCCCAGUACUAAAACCAGCUGUUUGCAGGCCUAAAACAAAUGCAUAAGAGAUGAUAUAAAGAUAAAACAAAGGAAACUCUUCUAAACCAACAGCAUGUGAUACUGUGUAUGCAUAGUGCUGAAACAUUCUGGUUUCAAGGGUCAGAAGAUUUGGGGGGGAGGGGACAGUGCAUUCAGUUUACUAGAGCAGCCAUCUCUUUCCUGACUGCAUCUGGACUAGUACCGAUCUCACUGACCCACAUUGUAUUAAAUGUAUGUAGAUUUGAAUAAACCUUUUUUGCACAGUGUUAAAUGGGGAAAAUAAUGUUGAAACUUUCAAAUAUGCACAGUUUCUUAUCUGUUUUGAAGUACAUUUGCAGGGAUCAUGGGGUGAUUCAGUAUUUUGCUUUCUCAUGAAUGGGAAACAAGAUCUACUUCCACAGUUCCCAUUGUGCCCAUUACGCACAGUACAUCAGCCAGGAAUUACCUGUUGCUAAAGUUUAUAAACUUCCAAAUCUCCUGUUACACCUUUUUAAUAGUCACAAUUUUAAUGAGCCCCUAUGGGUGUGUGUCAAGCUGAUCAGUUGCAGACUGAGAGGCAAGUACGAUGAAGGGCACGGAGGAGCGAUCGAUGACUGCAGAGAGAUGGCUUGCUGCAUCAGUGCUUCGUGAUGGUUUAUUUUUUAGUUAAAUAGAGGAUAAAUAGUCUGAAAAUAUCCUAUGUUUGGAAGUAAGGUUGCGGUAACUGCUCUGUACCUCUCGGUCUGAGUUCUGAGCUAGUACAGCCCUCCUCUCCAUACCAAAAUCCAAUGCCCCUUUCAUAUGUGUGCGCACAGGCGCACACCCUUCCAAAUAUGACUAAAAGAGCAAAGUCUAUUCCACAUGCAAUGGACCCAGUUUUUUUCUCACGUUCACCAGUGUAAGCAAGAGAUUCCUCUGGUGGAAAACUCCAUGUGAAAGGAGAAUCCUGCCUGCCCGCUUUAUAAAAUCCAAAUUCCAACUUGUACUUGCAUUUCAAUAGAACAGAAAUCAAAGCAAAUCUCAGCCUUGUCCAGGCUGAGUAGCCAUAAUGGGCACUGUGGAAAUGAAUGUUGACACUUUGCUGUUUUAAGAGCUGGGGGGGAGGGGGGAUCUUGGUUGCCCUAACACUUGCUCACUGUGCAAACGUGGAUGGUAACGCAUCCAUAACUGAAGGCUAUGGCUGUUUUAAAACGGCAGAAUUGCUAACGGAGUGUCACACUUUGAUAAGUUUGGAAAAGCCCCUUAUUUGGUACUUGAACAAUCUUUUCUGUUGUGUGAAUGUCUGUCUAGGUUUUAUUUUUUUUUUCUUCUUUACACUAACAGGGAAUAAAACUCUGCCAUGUGAGCAAGUCGUGUGUGUGUGUGCGCGCGCUGCAUUUUGCAGAUAUAAAACAGGUACUUUGAGGUGGGAGGUAAGGUUUGCAAGACAGGUUCCAAAUGCAGUUUUAACAAAGCACUCUGAUAAGUUUGGGUUUGGAGUGUUGUUUAAAUUGGGUGUGUCUACACGUGCGUUUACUGCGCAGUAAGUGGGUUUUACGCCAGCAUCUACAAGUGCAGGCAUUACAGUGCAGUAACACUGUGUGGACUGACUUGGGACUGAAUGUUACCCCCAAGUCAGUCCACACACAGGGUUACUGUGCAGUAAGGUGUCUACAUGUACCUUACUGCAGAGUACCUACUAGGUGUAAGUUGCCAUAGUUACUGCACAGUACGAGCAUGCAUGUGUAGACAUGCACCCAUACUGUGCAGUAAUUUUCGGUUACUGUGCAGUAACUGCACGUGUAGAUGUGCCCUUUAUGUCCUAAAGUCCUGCUUGCUUUUGUUAGUUUUCAUCCGUCUUUGGUAAUUUAAAUCACUAAUGUCUGCUUUGUGAACAGCAAAGCCACAAUAUAUUCCUGAAGAACAAAGAUUUGUGCCAAUAUUUACUCUGAAUGGUAAAAUUAAGUAACAUUUACAAAGGCUUAUGCAAGCAAGAAAAUAAGUUUGAAAAUCCAGGUUUAGCAUCUUCUGAUUGUAGCUUGAUCAAGGAGCAGACAGUUCUCUUGAACAGGACUCCCAUCCAUCUUCACAAAGGGAAAAUCUGAUUGCAAAGUGGACCUGUUCUCGAUGUUUGCCUAGGCAGCAUUAGAAUAACUGGCUAUACCUUUUUUUUUUUUAAAUCAAUGUGCAUGUUUGUAGAGAGAGAGAGAGAACAAUCAGAAUCCUGCUGGAAGUCCUUGGGGACUUAAUUCAGCUAUUUUUAUAGAGAUCUUUUCGUAUUUGAAGGAAACUCGGAUUGCUGACCCGCUUGUUUCCUUUGGCCCAGCUUGUGCAGGCAGGAGGAGUGAACUAAGCUACCGGCCCACAUAGUAACCAGUCCUGUUUGUGUGCGUCGGGAGCGUGUUUUGACAGCGGUGUAGAAAAGUCUCUCAAACUUGGGUGACUCUGACAUUCUGUGGGCAGGAACUGUUUCCACAGAAGGGGGAAACCCCUGAGCCCCCUUCAGAGUCCCUCCCCUUUGUUCUAGCGGGAGGUUUAUAGAUUGCAACUUCUUCUAGAAGAGGGCAGUGCUUAAAACGCGAGUCUUCGGGCUGGCUCCAUACAUCUAAUGCAGAUCUCCCUUUUCUGAUCACUUCUGGCAGAUAACCCACCCCCAUUUUAUGGCUAAUGCAGAUAUACCUGGAUUAAAAUUCACCUUUACGUGCUUGGAACACUACAGCAAACAAAGGGAGGCAGCUCAGCCAAUCAGCAGCUUCUCCCGAUCAUCAGUAUUAGACAAAAGCGGCUUUCAUUUGAAGUCAUUUCAUUUAUUUUGCUUUGUUGUUCCAACUCUACUAAUUCGUCUUGCUUUCAGUAUAUGAGCUUUAACACCUGAGAGUAACACUUUUCUUUUCCCCCUACACACUCAGCACCUCCAGUAUUAACCACGGGCUUGCUGAGUUCUGCAGUGGUCAUACAGUGGGCUCAGUCCUUUAGAAAAAUGGUGGCGUCAAAAGGCAAAAAUGACAUGGCACUGUCCCAGGGCCAAAUUUGUCCCUGGCUUAAGUCUAUUAACUUCAGUGGAGCUGCAAACCCCUUCAUGCCAGCAGCAAGCUUAGCCCUGGGACAGUUCAUUCAUGUGCAGCCAAGUGUUGAAUUUUGGGGGGUGAGUGACUUGUACAUCAAGUGAGGAUCCCUUUGAUUAAACCUCUUGAUUUUGUAUAUCUGGCAGUUUACAGCACCGUGGGAUUGUAAUGGUCUGCAUCAUAUCUGUGUGUGUGCGCGUGUGUGUGUACUGUAUGUAUAUAGAUUUAUGUAAAAUAUCUUCACUUACACAUGGAUAUGCAUUAGCCAUAAGUGGCAUUGUCCCUUAGUGAAACAAAGUUCACUAUUUGCACGUUUUACACAUAAAGUUAGACAAAGUUGGGUUUAUCACGACCAUCUUGAUUAAUGCUUUUUGAGAUUCUAGGUUAUGAGUUCUUUUGUUGGACUGGUUCUGUUGAUAAUUCUUUACUCUGGGAUGACGCAUCGACGUUUGUUCAAAGCAAAGGGUUUUUAAAAAAAAAAAUAAUCCCGUUUUCCUUCGAGAUGCGGUAAUAUUUGCACGUUUUAAGUGAACCUAAUGAAAAUCCUGUCUAGAGCUAAUGUGCAAAGGAUGGGAAGUGUGUGCAUCGCGUCGUGAAUGGACUCUUUGUGUACGCGUGUGGGCCAGUCGAAGGGAUGGGUGGAUGUUUGGACUUGGACGGAGGGCUGAGAUGACAGCGCACUCCUUGACGCCCUUUGCAGUCAUGUUGCUUCUUUUUUUCUUUAAGGGAUACUGCAUCUGUUUAGAACCUGCUUCUCAAGAAGCCGUUGGGUUUUUUCCAUAUGAAUUCCAGCAUGUAACUUUGGUACUCUUGUUGUUAUUUGUGUAAAACCUGUUCUUCUGUCGUUUACGGUGUAGUCAAAAAAAAAUUAAAGGAAUUCAUGUAGUUUAACUUUUAAAAAGAAACAAACUGCUUCAUAAAGAAACCAGUUGUAUGUUAGUGUUUUCAGACAAGUCAUACUGUAGUUUCUAGAUCAGUAAUGCAACGCUGUACUUGUCACCAGAUGUGUUACGAUUUUGCUGUAUUUUUUUAGUAGAUGGUUGGGCUUUUAAAUCCCAGACACUAAACAUCCUGGGCCUACUUGCUCUAGAUCAAAAAAAAUGCAAUAAAAAAUUGCAAUAAAGCACAUUGACAUGUAACUGUUUUAGAAGGAUGUACUGACAGCUGUUUCUAAUAAAUUCAGAAAUACAGCCUAGUUGGUAUGUUGUGGUGUUAGCUCUGUUUGUCUCUCCUGGCUGAGGCAAUGAAAGGGAAUUUAUUUUUGAGGCUCAGUUCAAGACUAGAGGUCUCCUGGAUUUUUUUACUUGUUGCCAAAGUAGCAUUAGGUCUCCAGAAGCACAAGCAAUUAUAUUUUCCACUGGGACUCGGUCCCUUGCUCUUCCACAAGCUUCAUGCCUGCACCUAGGACAGGACUGGCGAGGCCUGGCUGGGCAAGAGGCCCCCGCGCAAACCUCCACGGACGUUGGCACGUUCUCAAGCUGGAUCUCCAGCUCUGUCGAAACCUUGGAACAAUUCCACGUUGCCAGAGCAGUGCGAAGGUGUUCUGGAGACCAAAGGUAACCAAAGGUAAUGAGCAAUUCCCUUCUUUUUUAUUUAAUAAAACCAUUUCAGGUAUUUAGAUCAGAGGUAAGAACGCAUCCAGAGCACUGUGCAGGUGAAAUGAGUCACGGCAAGUUUUAACCAUUCCUGUCUCCAGUUACAGUUACUUUACUGAGUGCUUGGAGCCAGGGGUGGCCAAAGCGUUUCCACUAACUGUGAAGGAAACCAAGUCCAGCGAUUUGACGUCGGCUUUGAGAGAGAGAGUCUGGAGCAUGUCACACUGGGCACGUCUGCACGAGACACUUACUGCGCAUUAGCCUAAUAACUGCAGUAGCGUAGCAGUUAAAAACGGUGCAGCACAGGGUUAUUAGGCUAACGCACAGUACACGUCACAAAACUGCUGCCACUACUGCACAGUAACUAGUGCAGAUUUUGUUAGUACUUCAUUAAGCAAGUACUACAGUAAAUGGGCAGUAACUAAGGCGCAUUAAUGAACGUGUAGAUGCGCCCCCUGGGUACAAGAGAUGCCAAUGGUUAUAAAGCAGUAGUUCCAAGUCCCUUACUCCCUAGGGUCUCGCCCCAGUUCUGCUCACCAUAAUGACCUGCACUCCUGGUUUUCAUUGGUGUAAGCGAAAUGCAGGGAGUUUGCUCCUACCACAACCAAGAGCAGGCAGGAGAAUCGGGUCUUAGGGGGUAACGGAUAUUAUGUUACAGCAAGUCUCCCGGCACCAGUUGGACUGCUUCCCUCUGCCAUCACACUGCAGCCAUUGCCCCGCUGCGCGGACUCGCUGCUGCCAGCGCCACAAGCUCCGGGGCACACACUUUACUGCUCAUCUUCGUUGUUUUGGAGAUGCUUCCACUUGGCUGUAGAUUACCCCCCAUCUUAUGCACGGGGCCUCGAGAAUCCCACGUGUGGGGGGCCAAGCAUUUUGAAAGGACAGAUGAGAAAAAGUAACUGGUCCUUUUCUCUUUGGGGAAGGGGUUUGGAAGGCUUAAUCGGCAUCUUUGCCAAAGGUACCCAGGGAGGUGGGGCAAAAGAACAGGCAGAUUCUUUCCAAGUAAACACAUGGGCUUUACAGAGCUGCUGGAACCUGAUUCCCUUUGCGCUGGUGUAACGGAGAGCUGCCUGCAGCAGCGUAAUGGGGAUCAGCCCCCACUCAGCCGGUGGGAGGAGAGCGUGAGAUCGAAUACACCUGCUGACAAGUAUGCCCAGUAUUUCUCUCUCCCGGUCUCUUCUUUUUGGCUUGUCGGUAUCUUGCUGCAGUAUUGUUCCGAGGUACAGUGCAUCCAGGCUUUCGGUCGCUUGUAUUGGCUGUGUUUUGGCUUCCGGCCCACGGAGGCAGAUCCAUGUACAGCAUUGCUCCGUGACUCCAGAAUACUUGUCUGUCUUGCUGAAUUAAAAACCUAUUUUCUCGA